UUGAAUAUGAUUAUAGAAUGUUAGAAAGAUAUGUUAUAGGGGGCUGACCCAGUACGUCCGAUGUAUUUGAUGAUUGAUGUUUUUAGUUUUUAGUUUAAAAUCUUUAUUAAAAAAAAUGCUUAGGAGCAGGACCAGAAUUAAACACUGACAGUUCUUGGGACUUGCAAAGGAAUUUGGCAAGGAAAAACUCUUUCAACCUGAGGGCCAAAUUCAAGUGGGGAGAAAGUCUUGGCGUGUGCAUGAGUGUGAGCGGCUCACAGGAAAAGAGGGCGUCUCUUCAAAUGCCGGUAUAUUUUAGCUUAGACAUCUUACUGCAAGGAGAAAUGCCUUAGGAGAGUCAUUUCGAGCUUUUUUAGAAUGGGGAAACACAUAACCAAAAGCCGAGAAUUUGCCCAUGGAUUCGGAGCAAGAGGAGCGUGAGAGAGGAAGGGCGAACGCUUGUCUCAAACUCUGGAGGGCCAGAUUUGCUCUGGAUUUGACCCAAGGCCUGAGGUUCUGCCCUCCAGCAGUAGAGAACAGUGUGGUGUAGUGGUUCUAGUCCCCACUCAGCCAUGGAGCCAACUGGGUGACUUUGGGCUUGUCUCAGACUCUCAGCCCAUCCUACCUUGCAGGGCUGUUGUUGGGAUAAGAUUGAGAGCAGGAGGAGGAAGAUGACCAAAGUCUCUACAAGUUCUUUAAAAGGAAAAUGACAGGAUAUCACUCUAACGGAUAAACAAAUAAAUAGGGAAUAGUGGACUAUCCUUGAACAGACACUUUGGACAGAGGGGACUCAAAUUUCCAUGGGAAGAUGGGCUCCUGCUGUGGGAGGGAAUUCUCAAUUGUAUUUUCUUGGGUCAGUCCCACAGCAUGCCUAAGGGACAAGUCAGAGUUGCAGCACCUUUACAGAAGGGAAACUGAGGCUGGCACUUCUGCUGUGUGGCUACGUCUGUGAACUGGAGGGGCGGAUAUGUGGCCCCCCAGAUGUUGAACUUCAGCUUCCAUCAUCCCUAAUCAUUGGCCAGAUGGGCUGGGGCUGAUGGGAGUUAAUGGCCAUCAACCUUUGGAGGGUACUGGUUUCUCAGCCCUGUUGGAAGCCCUUCGUGGGGUUAAUGGAAGGGGACAUCCUGCUUGACUUUAAAGCCCAAAAUGCCACGCAGCCCAUGGAGAACCAUUUGUAAUCUUAUCCUAAGCAAAUUUUUCAAACUCUCUGCUCAGUGUGGGGACCUCAUCAGCACAACCGGCUAUGACAGCAUCAUCCAACACCUCAAUGAUGGCAGGAAGAACUGCAAGGAGUUCGAAGACUUCCUGAAGGAGAGGGCUUUGAUCGAAGAAAGAUACGGGAAGGAGCUCAUCAAUUUAUCCAGGAAGAAGCCCUGCGGACAGACAGAACUGAACACCCUGAGAAGAGCCCUGGAGGUUUUCAAGCAACAGGUGGACAGCGUGGGUCAAAGCCAUGUCCAGUUGGCCCAGAUACUACGAGAAGAAGCCAAGAAAAUAGAAGACUUCAGGGAGAAGCAAAAGCUCCACCGUAAGAAGGUUGAACUUAUAAUGGAUGCCAUUCAUAAAAACCGGAAUAUGCAGCACAAGAAGACUCUGGAGGCCAAGAGGCUGUAUGAGCAGCGGUGCCGGGACAAAGAUGAAGCAGAACAGGCCGUCCAUCGGAGCACCAACCUGGUCACAGCAAAGCAACAGGAAAAGCUCUUUGUCAAGUUGGCGCAGACAAAAACAGCUCUGGAGGAUUCGGACAGGGUGUACCAGAUGAACAUCGGUGCUCUUGAACGAAUCCGGGAAGAGUGGCAGAACGAACACAUCAAAGCUUGUGAGUUUUUUGAGAGCCAAGAGUGUGACCGCAUAAACUACUUCCGGAAUGCAUUAUGGCUUCAUGUCAACCAGCUCUCCCUGGAGUGCGUCAAGAAUGACGACAGUUACGAGGAGAUCCGGAAGAGCCUCGAGCGGUGCAGCAUCGAGAAGGACAUUGAGUGCUUCGUGAACAUCCGCAGGACGGGUACCCUCCCCCCAGCUCCGGUGGUUUAUGAAAAUUAUUAUAACUCGCAGAAGAAUGCUGUCCCAGGAAGGAAUAAUGCUCCAGCCCCUGGAAGGAGGCCAAAAUUGCCCAUCCCAGCCAGCGGACCAGUGGACCCGGAGUACUGUACUGUGGACGGCUACAGCUUGAUACAUCAUCACUAGCCUGGAAAGAAUCUUAAAGGUUUCUUGCCAUGCUGUACCUCCAUGAGGAAAACAGAUCAGAAAACAGCAAGCAAGCAGUGCCGGAGCUGUGCCUUUUCCGUCUCUCUUCACGAUCGCGAUUUCUUUUCGGCUGGAUUCAUUCUCCUUUUCAAAACCAAGACCAUCUGGAGAUACUAUCCUUCUGCAACAGAGGAUGUGCACAGAGCAGAAGAGUGGUAAAAACCUGGGACUUUUUGGUAUCAAAUUCUGCAGACAGAUUCUUUUUGAUUUCAGGGAAGGCAGAUAGAAGUUUUAUAUCUUAGAGAUUUAGGUUUGGAUAUGCAAAUAUAUGUGCAGAUUCUCAUGUAGUUAUGAAACCCAAUGGAUGUCCUUCUGGAACUUGCUAUUUCCCUACCUGACCUACCUUACAGGGUUGUUGUAAGCGUACAAUAAGGGAAUCACAUUAUGUUGUCCUGAACUCUCUGAAGGAAGCAUGGCAUAUCGUGGCAAAAGCUGGGGAUGCAAGCAGGGGAGGCUGUUUUUUAAAGUGUAAGUCCAGAAUCUUAUGAAGUCGAGAGCAAAAGGACCAAAGGACUUUGUAAUUAUUUUAAAUAAAUAUUAAUAACAAGUUGAA